CUUUCUUUUUUUUUGAGUAUGUAAAGUGGGCGAUAGUAUAUGUUUUAAAGCCGAGCUCUUACAAGUAUUGUAGCUAUUUUAGAAAAAAUUUUGGAAGGGAAAAUAUCAUAUUAGCACUUCAUAUUGUUAUGCCUCCCGCGCCACCACCACCGCCUCCUCCUCCUCCUGUCUCACUUCCCCCCACUACCCAGAAAAGUCCCUCUAAACCAGAUGCUUCUAGAGCGAAUCUCCUUUCCAGCAUUCAGCAAGGAACAAAGCUUAAAAAGACUGUUACUGUUGAUAAAUCUGCGCCCUCUAUUGAAAAAUCAACUUCAGCUGGAGCUGAUUCCAAAUCUGGAAAGGAUUCUGGCGUUGGCUCUUCAGGGCAAAAACUUGGGGGUCUCUUUGCUGGAGGAAUGCCAACCCUUAGAAAAACGGGUACUUCCUCUUCCGCAAAAACUGGACCUUCAACUGCAGCCUCUUCAAAGACAACUAUUUCUAAACCACCGUUUAAACCAUCUUCUGUAGAUAAACAAACGGAUACUAACUCACAGGUGCCCAGGCCCCCUGGGAACAUCCCUCUGAGACCUCCUUUUGCAAAUCGUGAAGUUCCUCGAAAGCCAUCUGUGGAUCGUCCUCCACUCCAUCCUACACCUAAAGGUGAGCCAUCCGCGCCUCCCCCUAAGCCACCUAUAACCCCCAAAAUUUUUACUGGAGCCACAUCGUCUAUUCCUAGUCGGGAGACACCCUUUUCACCACAUAAAGCGGACGCUGAUCGACCAGCGCCCAAACCUCCUGUGGAUAUCCCGUCAAGACCUCCUCUUGCAAAUCGUGAAGUUCCUCGAAAGCCGUCUGUAGACCGCCCUCCACUCCAUCCUACACCUCAAGGCGGGCCAUCCGCGCCUCCUUCCAUAACCCCUAAACCUUUUACUGGAGCUGCACCUUCGAUUCCUAGCCGGGAACAUGAUCGAUUAGCGCCCAAACCCCCGAUUAAUAUUUCGUCAAGACCUCCUUUCGCAAAUCGUGAAGCCCCUCGAAAGCCGUCUGUAGACCGCCCUCCCCCUCGUACGAUUCCUCAAGGCGAGUCACAGCUUUGGCCUCCUAAACCACCUGUUACCAUGAAACCCCCUACAGGCGGAGCACCUCCUAUUCCAAGCCGUACAACUCCUCAGCAGACUUCAACCCCUCCACAAGCUGGGACACCCGAGCCGCCUUCUCGUGCACCGCCUCCAAGACCUUCCCUCCCUCCGGGGCCUUAUAAGCCACCUUCAAGGCCGUCUAUUAAUAGACCAGAGGAACAGGAUGCGGAAAAUUACCGGCCUAUGGGAGUGGAUAGAAGCCCCCCCGUUGUAUCAACCGGCAGCAACUUCUCCCAGCCCCCCUUAAAUCCUCCCAGAGUCCCACCACGAGUUUCUUCUUCUAAAUUCGCCACAUUGGCUCCUACUAAGCCUCAGAGAUCCCCUACUAUGCUCGAAAUGGCGACCUCGGCAGCAUCGAACACCGGCCAAAAACCGGAAGUUCCAAACAGAAGUUUUAUUCCCCGCUCAUCUUCGACAAGGCGACAGGCACCUGCAUCGCCAUUCGUAGGGCAAAAACCGGAAGAGGCUGCGGCAAAUACUCGAAAGUCCAUCACGACGGGCCUCAACCCGCAGUCUACUGAGAAGUGGACAUUCAUGAGCACUACUUCCUUACCGCCUCCACCGCCUUUUGUGCUUGGCCCAAAGGAUUAUGCUAGUGGUUCAAAGGUCGGAAAUUGCGUAAAUAUGAAGUUUUCUAGUGGGACGAUGGGGCGAACAAGAGGUAUUAAGGCGGCUGCCCCACCUCCCCCUGCGAGAAGAAGCUAAACUAAUCGGCCAAUAAAAGAAAAACGAAUAGUUAAGUAUUUCCGGAAAUCUUUACUUGUCCUUAAGAGUUUCAUGAGUGUUAUAGUAUUGCAAUAUUUAUUUAGUAAUAGGUAGUGAACGGGGUUUUAUCAUUGACCUAUGGAUUAUGCAACUUCAUGACCAUUAAUAAAUAUUUCACUAAAAACCCUGC